AGACUAGGGAGGAUCCUCCCCUAGAGCCCCUGGAGGGAGUGUGGCUGUGCCCACGUCUUGAUUUUGGACUUCUGACUUCCAGCUGGAACUCCAUGAUUGCAGUUCCUUAGAUAGGUCACCAGCUUCUCAAAACACCAGGAGCCCAAUGGUAUGCUUAAGAGAGUUCCAGGGGGAGCUUCACGAUUUGGUUCUCGACUGGCCUGACCCCCACCGCCGAUAUCUGCCUGGGUGAGCGCUAGUGGUCCAUGCAUUUCCAUGCAGGGACAAAACCCAAAUGAGAGACUGUCUACCUAAGGAGGUGAAUGAACUGAAAAUGAUCACAAAGUUUCUUCACCUAGAAGCUGGAAGCUUGUUACGGCUUUUCAUAAGAAAAGAAUUCCACCAGUACUCCUCCAGGAAGGGAAUUCCUUUGGAGAUUUCCAUGGAAUUUUGGGGCUUGCCGUAGAGGCUACUCGUGGCUGUUCUUUGCAGAGGAAUGCCUAGUCUCUGAUAUUGGCAGGUCCCCUGUGAGAAAGACCAGAGGUAAAGUGGUACCUCCAAGCAAGAUCAGAAGAAUCUCAAGUGGAAGUCCCCCAAAUCUUGCAUGCUGUGUUCAGAGGGGAUGGACAUCUGGAAGCCCUGCCUGCCUUUGAAUUGUUACAUCACUGAAUAAUGGAUGAGGCUGACAGAGAAGAGAAAAGGGAUGUACCUAAUAUAUCUGAAAAUAAAAAGAAGGACCGGUUUAAUGCCUUCUUUAAGGAACUGCGUGCCAUGCUGCAAACUCACGGUUAUCCUGUGAAGGGAGACAGAUCUAAAACAGCGCAGGACACUACCACCCCUUCACAGAAGAAGGAAGGCAAAGUCAAUCCAGAAACCUCCAGAGAGCAAUCUGAUUGGAUUCCAUCGUUUCAUAGCUAUGAAGACUUCAAGUGCAAGACACUACAAUCAUUAGAUGGCUUUAUGAUAAUACUGAGCACAGACGGAGUGAUAAUUUUUGUCCCUGGAAACAUCACUUGUCUCCUUGGCCAUUUACCAAAUGAUAUCGUGGGUAAAAAGUUAUUAAGUCUUCUGCCUGAUCAUGAGAGAAACGAAGUCUUUGGAAAGAUUGCUCUCAAACUUCCUUUGUCAAACUCAGUGGGAAAACAUAUUGAUUUUUGCUGUCAUCUAAAGAGAGGAAAUGUUGAAUAUGAUAACAGACCUACUUAUGAAUAUGUGAAAUUCAUCCUGACAGUCAAAGAUAUUUCAAGUGAGCCUUUGGUGCUCUUCAGCAGCUUCUUCCCAAGCCACUCCUAUGCUGAAUCGUCUCCUACAUACCUUCCUCUGGAGGAUCGAUUUUAUCUGGUGGGGUCCAUUUGUCUCCUCAGGGCUCAGACCCUACGGGAAGUUUUCACUGUAAAGAAACCUGGGGAAGAGGUUCUGCUGAUACAAGACUCAGAUGAUGAGGAGCGUGUAUCUCCUGAACGCAGAAGCCAGGACCAGAAAAAAUUUUCUAGAAUGGAAUUGCUGCAUCCUGAAUCUGCUGAUGCUGCCUCAGAUGAUCAAGCUGAUAUUCUAACGGUCGAGCCGUAUGGCCCCCAAGAAUCUGUUCAUGUAAAUGGGAUAGAGUCUGAUAUAUAUUAUGAUUCCAGCACAUCGUCCCUGGAAAGCUCACCAGCAUCUCCAGCUACAUCAUCUUCGCAGAGCUUUGAUUUCAAACCGGACGUGGAGCAGGUGUAUGAUGUGGAUGAAGUGCAACAAAUGGAUGAGAUGGAAGAGGUAGACCAGAUGGGCGAGAUGGGCAAGGUGGAACAAAGAGAUGAAGAGGACGAGGUGGAGCAGGUGGAGCAGGUGGAGGAAGUGGAGGAGGAGGCCCGCUCACCUUCCAAUGCGGCUGCUGGCAUCAGUGAUGAGCCACAACUACCGCCCUUGAUUACAUCAUACAUCCGCAAGCGGGAGCUGGAGCUGAUGAAAAAGUUUAAGGAGCAACUGGAAGAGAAGACGCAGAUAAUGCAGGCUAACAUCAGAAGCCAGCAGGACGCACUGGAAAUGAUGAAGGAACAGCUUCAGAGAAUGCAGGAUUCCAGCUUUCAGAUGCAGCCACGCGUCUCACACCACCUCGACCGUCCUGAGUCCCAGUCAUUGGAGCCAGUGCCCAAGAAACAACGCACUGAGCAAAUGAAGGAGAUCAACCUCUCCAGUGGUUCAUGUUCAUCGCACUCUUUCAAAUUCUCUGAGGAGUUUGAGGAGCCUUGUGAUGUCUCCAGCCAGCCACUGCUGCAGGGGGAGGACCCGUUCCUGCCGCAGGCGUUGCUGCAGGUGCAGGACCAGCACGUGGGGCAGCCUCUCCUGCGGGAGCUGCAGACACGGAAGUGGCCACAGCCACCUAAUGCCGCAGCGGGAAGCCAGGCGCUGCCGAUACGCCUGCUGGGCCGGGCCACCGUAGCUGUGCCCCUCUGUGAGGACCCUGGGACGUUCAUGCAGACCCAGUCCAUCGCUGUUCCUGUCCAGUUAGUAGCUGGACAACAUGCCUCUGGCUACUAUCAAGAUGAAACCCUGGGGGACAACAAAGAUGACCGUCCUAGCCUCGUCACCGUGGACACCCCGCAGGAUUACAUCCAACUUUUGAAACAGCCACGAGAUCCACAGUAUCACCUUUACCUCCAAGUGAACACUUGGCCUUCCAGUGAGCAGAACACUCUGCAGGGCCAAGCCGCCCAGCCCCAGGCGCCAGCUUCUGAGGCAAGUCUGGAGGCUUCCCAGGACCCUGACGAAUACUCACCAGGCCAUGUCAGCUAUUUCAUGUCUGCAGAGCCGUCUAGCUUGGAUGAGCACCAGCGCUGGCGGCACUUUCAUACCAGACCUUGAGAGAAGAGGGGCAGACAGGCCGAUGAGGCCUCCGUGACCAGGGAACUCCAAGGCUCACAGAGUUUCCUGGAAUAGGGGUUGGGGAGCGGGGGGUGGACAUUUCCUUUCUUUCCUGAUAAGUUCUGUUUGAGAUUGCUGAGCACAACCUGUUUCUUGGAAGCCAUGUUGCAGAGGCAGCCCGUGACCCCCUGUGUGCUAAUGUGUGACAGCAGCCGGGCCACAGCAGGAGACUGUUGUCCCCCACCUACCUUGUCUGGCCUUGCACACACCUGUUCUACCAUGGGCUGGCAGGCUGCAGAGUCUACUCAAGUUAGAAUACGUUUGUUUGUUUUUUUUUUUUCCUGCCAAGAAACAUUUUCCAGCAUGGUUUGCAAUCUAGUAAGAAGCUGUUCUGUCUUAAGCCACAAGAGUUCUAAAACCUUGGCCCUGCAUCUCCUCCACAGUCAUGUUGGGGAAACCACAGGGGAACAGCAUUCCAGUGGUGGGAAGCUGAAAUCAGAACAACAUAGGUGCUUUGUAUUGAAAUAAUCACAGCUCCAGUGCUUAAUAAAAAUUGUCUUU